ACUGGGUUAUAAAAGGACAGAUGCGAGGCGUCGUCUGAGGCGUCGCUCGGUGGUCUCAGGGGGGUAAGAGAACUCGUGAGGCGGGGAAAAUAAAAACUGCAGCAGCCUUGAAAAAUGCCAGCCAUCAGGAGCUUGAGCCGAGCUGUCAGGCAGGUGUUGCAGAAACCUGGCUGCGGCUGUCAAGUUGCUGUCGUGCCAGUUAGGUGUCUUGGUGUCUCACCUCGGCAGGUAACUUCAGAUGCCAGCUUUCAUUCAGUAUCUUUCUCAGAAGCUGAUCAUCCACGGGUGUUAAUUACAGGGGGACUAGGCCAGCUUGGAGUAGGACUUGCUAAACUCUUGAGAAAACGCUUUGGAAAGAACAAUGUAAUCCUAUCUGAUAUUAGAAAGCCCCCUGAUAAUGUCUUCUAUAGUGGUCCUUUCAUCUACUCUGACAUUUUGGACUACAAGAAUCUUCGUGAGAUAGUGGUGAACAACCGGAUUACGUGGCUGUUUCAUUACAGCGCUUUGUUGAGUGCUGUCGGAGAAGCCAAUGUUCCUUUGGCAAGAUCUGUGAAUAUCACUGGAUUACAUAAUAUUCUUGAUAUUGCUGCUGAGCACAGCUUGCGACUUUUUGUCCCCAGCACAAUCGGAGCUUUUGGACCCACCUCCCCUAGGAACCCAACUCCCGAUCUCUGCAUCCAAAGGCCAAGGACAAUCUAUGGUGUCUCCAAGGUCCAUGCUGAGCUCAUGGGAGAAUAUUACCAUUACAGGUAUGGACUAGACUUCCGGUGCCUGAGAUACCCUGGUAUUAUCUCAGCUGAUUCCCAGCCGGGUGGGGGAACAACUGAUUAUGCAGUCCAAAUCUUCCAUGAUGCUAUAAAGACUGGCAAGUUUCAGUGCAACCUUAAACCAGACACCCGACUCCCGAUGAUGUACAUUGAUGACUGCCUGAGAGCUACCUUGGAGAUCAUGGAGGCACCUGCUGAACUGCUGAGUAUGAGGACAUACAACAUCAGUGCCAUGAGUUUUACUCCUGAGGAGCUGGUUCAAGAGGUCCAAAAGCAUAUGCCAGAACUUGAAGUUGCCUAUGGUGUAGAUGCUGUCAGACAAGCCAUCGCUGACAGUUGGCCAAUGAUUUUUGAUGAUGGUAACGCUCGCCAAGAUUGGGGAUGGAAACACGAUUAUGAUCUUCCAGACCUGGUGAACACAAUGUUCAGCUUCCUCGACUCUGCACGCUCCAUUUCCAGGGUUGCCCAGACCAACUGACUCUCCUGGUGUGAUGCAGCCUCAGGUGAUAGGUUGGCAAGACCUGGACAAAACCGUACUGAGAGUUUAUCAGCUGAAUCCUGCCCACAAGCGUUCUGGGGAGACUUGUUGGCCUCUUGGCUCAGUUUUUUUCCUGUUUGCCUUCUCUCCCUCUUCUCACUCACUAUAAAUAUGUAAUUUCAAAAGCACUUCUGGAAGCUGUCUAGCUACUGGGGUUUCACAGCAAAACAAUACUCCUGUCUCAGAAUGUGCAACUUGUUUGCCUGAAGCUCCGAUAAAUGUUCAUGGGGACAAUCUCCUCUUACACUUUAGUAUCCCUUCCAUGUCAUGAACUGGUUUACUUGUUUACUGGAUGAUAUUAAAGGCAGAUCAAGAUGUGGUCCUAGCCCUAAAUUUGUGGGAUAAUGGGGAAAGGACAGCUGUGGGUUUUCUGUCCCCUCUUUCACCUUUAAAAAUUCCCAUAAUCCCUGCAUUAGCAUUUUUCAGGGAAAUACAGGAAGAACUGCAUUUCCAUUGAAACAUCUUGCUGCGCUCUUAAUGGACAAGCAAUAUUCUUUCAUGGGUCCUUUUUUCUCAUAUUUACUGAAAAUGAGGAAAGAAUAUGCAUACUUGCGGAUUGAUACACAGUUCCCUAAACUCCUCAUCCUAAAGUUUAUCUUAUUUGCAAUCACAUUUUCAGUUUGCUAAAUAGCUAAGCCUGGGCUGGGAUUUGUAUUCGAUACUAACAAGGCAAGUGAAGACCUCAAGUUGAUAAGGCCUAGAGAGUGUGAUCAAUUUGGACUCGCAGGAGAUCAGCACAGCUGUCAUCAAUGUCAUCUUAGCAUCUUUGAAUUCACCGUGGAUAUUCUUUUGGACCAUUUCUGUAGGCUUGUUACUGCAGGCACCCGACUGCAGUGGUUCCAUUUCCACCUCUCAGGAAGAUGGUGCCAGGAGACCACUGUCCUUUAGAAUCCCAGUUUUGUCUUUGGAAGAUUUGUUUUUGUCUUUCAUGCUAUUUAACAUCAUCAUGAACAUGCAGGGUACAAUCAGCAGGAGGCUAGUGCAGAGACGCCAAAACUAAGUGUUUGAAAAGGGGAAUGAACUCAGGAUGUAUGAAUGUAGCUCAGUAGCAACAAGAUAGGGCAUGCUAAUGGUGGGUGGUCUGAUAGGUGUAGAGCUCUGCUUUUCUGUUUUACCUAAACUUUCUGAGUUUGUUAGAUCUUAGUGUCUCUCUUUGGGCCAAAUCAACAAACACAUUGUUCUCUCCCAGUGGGUAGUCCACAAUCUGAUUUCUUACUAUUUGACCUGAAAAGAUCCCUCUCGUGUCGCCCAGUCAUUAGAAGUGGGGGUCCCUCACAAACGAUUGUAGUGUACAAGCCAGUCUAGGCCAGAAGCCUUUGUAGUGCUGGAGCUAGCCUAGGCUAAAGGAUUUAGGAGCAGGGCUGGCUCCUAAACCUGAAUCUCUGAACACUUUUAUCACUAUAUAGGCUGCCGGGGGGGUGGGAGAGUUUAUGGGGGGGAGAGGCGUUUUGAAUCCCUCCCUGGCUAUCUAAUGCUUACCUCCAGAAUGCUAGAACAUCUGAUUCGGAGGCAAUAUGCUACUGAAUACCAGUUGUAUGGGAGCAACAAUAGGGAAGGUCUGUGCCCUACUUGUGGGCCUUGGAGGCAUCUGCUCACCCCCUGUUGUAAGUCAAGGCACUGGACUACCUGGAGGUGUUUGACCUGAUCCAGUAGGGUUCCUGUGUUCAGCAUCUUCAUCCCAGAAGUGCUUAAAGAUGCAUCGGCUGUCUAUGGCAACCCUUCCCCCCACCCCUUGCAUUGUCAAUUGUUUCAUUGCCCAAAGUAUUUAAAAAACUGCAAGUGUUGGCAUAUGCAGACUUGGUCCAUAAUAUUUACAAUUCUAAGAGAAAAUUUGAACUUUUGGUCAUUGCUGUAGUUAUUAAACAGUUCAAAUUAUAAUCUUGCCCCAAUGGGUCUGCAAAGCUGAUCUCAAUCAUCCUUUAAUGAUGUUUCCUGCACAAUAUAAAUAUGAAGCAGUCAUUCUCAAGUAAAAGAUUUUUCCAGUGUCCUUUAUUCUGUGAUGGUGAGAGAUUUAAUCAGAGGAGAUGCCAUGGAGUCAAAUUUGCCAUAAUCUCUGUAGAGGUUUGGGCUUUGGGUUUAGUUACUGUUAAUACUAGGACACACUUAAAAAGGUGUUGUCACUUGGGUAUUGCUCUCAAACAUACAAUGCGACUAAAUCUUGUUGACUCACAGCUUGAUAUAUUUAGUCGGAAGUAAGCGCCCUGCUGUGAGUGGCAAGAUGGUCUAGGCUGCAUAGUUUCAAGUACUGCAAUUGUUUUGUUUAACAGAAAUCAGUUCCUGUCUCUGGGAAGAGAGUGCUGUUUGGCUGCUGUAUGUGUUAUGUGUCAGUUGUACGAAGAAAGAUAUUUAGGAUUUUGUCUUUUUGUCUUCUUCCCCCCACCCCAAAUUGUAAGUCAUUAAUAAUGGCUACUUGAAUAAAAUCCUAAAUGCAAA